GGUUCUAACUGUACAAUUUCGCGCUAAUAAUUCAGAUGCGUGCGCGAUUACGCCGUCGGUUUACAGACUUAAUUCUGAGAGCUACUAUAUACUCAGCUAACGUCCUAGCUAUACUGCCAUUUCGCUACAACAAAACCAAGCGAAGAGUGGAAUCCUCGAAAUUAUUGCUUAAGUAUACCAUCAGCAUCAAUGUGAUCAUCCUUUUUCUGCUCAUCUGGACCCGACCCACAAAAGAUCGUCUAAAUGUGGAUAUUCUGCAACGCAAGCCGAUUGUGGCGCUCGUCAAUUAUUUAAAUUUUUACGGCACGAUUUACACGAUUGUCCUCAUUAUGUGGACGAAUUGGCGUGAUCGCAAGAGCCUCUUGGAUUUCUUCAACACAUGUUUGAUUAUGGAAAGCGAGUGCUUUCGUAUUUAUAGUGAACUCAAGCGGGAAUGUGAAGCUUUCGACAACUACAUCAUAUGGAAGGCUGUUCUAACUCUGUUGCAAAAUGCCUCUUUCAUCAAUACGGUGUAUGAUUUCAGGGGUUUUAGUUGGGUCGCUCAAGUGCUGCUGAUAAUUUUCACAUAUUUCUUGCUUAAUAUGCUGUUGGUCACCAUCCAGCUGUUCAUUAUAUGUAUUCUCUUUCAAUAUCGCUGCUUUUGGGUACUUAAUCGACGGCUGCAGCAUCUCGUCGAGGUGGAACUGAAGCAAAGUGGUCGGGAACAUAUAAAAGCGGAGAUUAAUAUGCUCGCUGGAAUUUACAUGCGCUUGCUGGGCAUUUUUCGCCGGUGUACGAAUAUGUACGAGCAACAAGCUUUGCUGAUGGUCGCCGUGUUGACUGGUGCGAAUAUAUUGAGCUUGUUUUUUGCAAAGCUCAUUUGGACCGGUAAGGUUAUGGAAAUGAGUGUUUGGAGUAUCUGCGAUAAUCUGCAAAUGGUUCUGAUAAAUGUUGUUGAUUUUUGGUUAACAAUAACUAUCUGUGAAUUGACGGUGAACACUUCGCGAAUAACGGCAAACUUGCUCCGAAAUUUUAAUGACUUCCGACGAUUGGACAAAUACCUGGAGCGAAAUGUGAGUUGGAGGCGCGAUCUACAGAAAGUUAUGUGUUAUAUAAAUUUUACAUAUUUUUAG